AUGGCUAUAGAGAUUGAUGAUCAUCAGCAGCCCUCUGUUGAGCUAUCAAAAGUUGCAGUUUCUGAAACUCAUGGGGAAGACUCUCCAUAUUUUGCCGGCUGGAAAGCUUAUGAUGAAGACCCUUAUCAUGAACUCAAUAACCCUUUGGGAGUUAUACAGAUGGGUUUGGCUGAAAACCAAGUUUCAUUUGAUUUGCUAGAAGAGUACUUGGAAAAGCAUUCAGAAGCCUCUAGCUGGGGGAAAGGAGCAUCUGGCUUUAGAGAGAAUGCUUUGUUUCAAGAUUACCAUGGACUUAAAUCAUUCAGAAAGGCAAUGGCAAGUUUCAUGGAACAAAUAAGAGGAGGGAGAGUAAAGUUCGACCCUGAAAGAAUUGUCUUAACCGCCGGCGCUACUGCUGCUAAUGAGCUGUUGACCUUCAUUCUUGCCGAUCCCAGUGAUGCUUUGCUCGUUCCCACCCCGUACUAUCCAGGAUUUGAUAGAGAUUUAAGGUGGAGAACUGGUGUAAAAAUUGUACCAAUCCACUGUGAAAGCUCAAACAAUUUUCAGAUUACUCCAGAAGCUUUAGAAGCCGCCUAUAGCAAUGCAGAAGCCAUGAACAUCAAAGUGAGAGGGGUGCUAAUCACAAACCCUUCAAAUCCAUUGGGCGCAACAAUCCAACGGUCAGUUCUUGAAGAGAUUUUCGACUUUGUCACUCGCAAGAACAUCCAUCUCGUCUCUGACGAAAUCUACUCAGGAUCCGUCUUCUCGCCAACUGAGUUCGUAAGCGUUGCCGAAAUCCUCGAAGCCCGAAAAUUCAAGGAUUCAGAGAGAGUGCACAUUGUUUACAGCCUAUCAAAAGAUCUCGGCCUCCCGGGUUUUAGAGUUGGCACGAUAUACUCGUACAACGACAAGGUUGUGACAACAGCCAGGAGGAUGUCUAGUUUCACCUUAAUUUCUUCGCAAACACAGCAUUUGUUGGCUUCCAUGUUGUCCAACAAGGCAUUCACAGAGAACUACAUCAAGAUAAACAGAGAGAGAUUAAGGAAGAGGUAUGAGAUGAUCAUUGAAGGCCUUAGGAGUGCUGGUAUUGAGUGUUUGAAAGGAAAUGCUGGGUUGUUUUGCUGGAUGAAUCUAAGUCCAUUGUUGGAUGAACCCACAAGAGAAGGUGAAUUGGCUCUUUGGAACUCCAUGCUGCAUGAAGUGAAGCUCAAUAUAUCCCCAGGCUCUUCUUGCCAUUGCUCUGAACCUGGUUGGUUCAGGGUGUGUUUUGCUAACAUGAGUGAGCUCACCCUACAAGUUGCCUUGAAAAGAAUCCAUAUUUUCAUGGAACAACUCAGAAGUUCCACGCUGGCCUCAAACCAAGACUACUCCGGUUGUCGUUUUCUUGUCUUGCAAGUGGCCCGUCAACCAAUCUGA